AUGCCAGCGUAUCAUUCCACAUUAGUUGAUUACACGCAAUCGGUAGGCAAUUUGGCUCUGUUGCCUAUUCGCACUACAUUCAGAGGGCCGGCGCCCAUUAGCCCUAAGAUAGAACUUGAUAUUAUUGAUGAAGCUUUAAAUUACUUUAAGGCCAACGUUUUCUUUAGAUUUUACGAAAUAAAGUCUGAUGCUGACCGAGUCCUUAUUUAUUUGACUCUGUAUGUUUCCGAGUGUCUGAAGAGGUUACAGAAGUGUUCUAACAAGAAUCAGGGCCAGCAGGAGAUGUAUAUGUUGGCUAUAUCUAAAUUUGACAUUCCCGGCGAGAGUGGUUUUCCUCUCAAUUCUGUGUAUGCUAAACCCUCCGGCCCUCAAGAAUCAGACUUGAUGCGUCAGUAUCUACAACAAUUGAGACAUGAGACUGGGGCUCGGGUGUGUGAGAAGGUGUUUGCGACUGAAGACGGUAAACCCAGCAAGUGGUGGCUCUGUUUCGCCAAAAGGAAAUUCAUGGACAAAUCUCUGUCUGGUCCCGGACAGUAG